AUGGAUACUUACUACCUGGAUGACUUGAGAGCAAAACCCCAGACACCUGGAGACCUUCUCAGACAGCGGAGCCCGAGCUCGGAAGAGGCCCCAGCGCUCGCCAGCCCGCGCCCCUUCCGCACUCCUCCGCCCCGCCCCACCGUGGCCCAGGGUCCGGGCCUCGCGCUGCUUUCGCCGUCGCUGCUGCCGCCGCUCCUACUACUGGCGGCGGUGAUCGACCAAGCGGCCGCGCAGGACAACUGCACGUGCCCCACCAGCAAGGUGACCGUGUGCGACCGGAGCGGCCCGGGUGGCCGCUGCCUGUGCUGCGUGCUCGGCUCGGGCCUGGAGGUCGACUGCUCCACGCUCACAUCCAAGUGCCUGCUGCUCAAGGCGCGCGUGAGCGCCCGGAAGAGCGUCCGCGCCCUGGUACGGCCGAGCGAGCACGCGCUCCUGGACAACGACGGCCUGUUCGACCCGAACUGCGACCAGCAGGGCCGCUUCAAGGCGCGCUAGUGCAACCAGACGUCCGUGUGGUGGUGCGUGAACUCGGUGGGCAUGCGCCGCACCGACAAGGGCGACCUGAGCCUGCGCUGCGACGAGCUGGUGCGCACCCACCCCAUCCUCAUCGACCUGCGCCACCGCCCGGCCGCCCGCGCCUUCAACCCCUCGGACCUGGAGGCCGAGCUGCGACGGCUUUUCCGGGAGCGCGACCGGCUGCACCAGUUCGUGGCGGCCGUGCACUACGAGCACCCCACCAUCCAGAUCGAGCUGCAGCAGCACACGUCGCAGAAGGUCGCCGGCGACGUGGACAUCGCCGACGCCGCGGACAUCGCCGACGCCACCUACUACUUUGAGAGGGACGUCAAGGGCGAGUCGCUGUUCAGCGGCCACCGCGGCCUCGACGUGCGCGUGCGCGGAGAGCCCCUGCUUUUGGAGCGGACGCUCAUCUACCUCGUGGAUGAGAAGUUACCCCCAGUUCUCCAUGAGCGCCUCACCAGCGGCCUCAUCGCCGUCAUCGUGGUGGUCGUGGUGGCCCUGGUCGCCGGCGUGACCGUCCUGGUGAUCACCAACCGGAGGAAGUCGGGGAAGUACAAGAAGGUGGAGAUGAAGGAACUGGGGGAGAUGAGAAAGGAACCGAGCUUGUAGAUACCGGCGGGGCUGGGGAUCGGAUUUCAGCAAGGUCCCAGACCCAAUUAAACCUUUGGAAAGAGUUGGAUUCAGGGACUUCCCUGAUGGUGCAGUGGUUGAGAAUCCACCUGCCAAUGCAGGAGACACAGGUUCGGGCCCUGGUCCCGGAAGAUCCC